AACAUUCUAAAAGUCUUUUUAUUUUUUUCCAAUAAAAAUUUAAAUUUUCAAAAAAAAAAAAACCUUAGAUUACAGAGAAACACUUCACACCACAGCGUUUGCAGAGAGAGAUUAGAUUUUGUGGCAAGAAUCACCACCACCUAUUUUCUCGUUCUGUUUUUACACUUUUUUCUAUUUCAACAGUUUUUCCCUAAAUUCUAGGGUUUUAUUCUUGUCCUCUUUUUCUUUUUCUCCCUCUUCUUUCUCCAUUCUUUCUCUUUUCCCUUCACAAUUCGUAUAAUUAUUCACAUUUUUUCAUUAGACAACCUCAGUCUACCACAGAUUUCAGCUUAAAGUUUCAAGCUUUUUGAAUAUUACAUCAAAGGGUUUUCAAAAUAUGAUUUUUUUAAUUUUUCUGUAGAAUUUUGAAUCUCAUCUAUAAAAAUCAGAUUUUUCUCACCUAAUCUUAAUGACCCAGGUCCUCAAAAUGGACCCUUUCGUUGUUUCAGUUUCAGAUUAGUUUAAUUAUUUAAUUCUCAUUUGAAAAGGUCCUUCCUUUUUCCAAUUUUCAAUACAUUAACAUUAACCCCUUUGUGCCCAUCAAUACAUUUAACCCCUUUGAAAAAUGUAUGGAACAAAAGGCAAAAUUGAUCUUGCCUUUGAAUACCAAUCUCAAGCAUCAAUUUUGAGGCCUAGUAUUCAUUCUAGAAGAGCAAAUCUGACUGUGAAAUUCCAAGACCUUUAUGGAUUUACGGUCGAAGGGAAUGUCGAUGAUGUCAAUGUGUUGAAUGAGGUUAGGGAGAAGGUGAGACAACAGGGUAGAGUUUGGUGGGCAUUAGAGGCUAACAAAGGUGUUAAUUGGUAUCUUCAUACAACCAUAGGACAAGGGAGUGCUCUUACUUCUUCAUUGAAAUUCUCUGCAUUGGCUAAUGCUAUUACUUUGAAAAAGUUGAUAAGGAAAGGGAUUCCACCUGUUCUUAGGCCUAAGGUUUGGUUUUCGUUGUCCGGGGCUGCGAAGAAAAAGUCCACGGUUCCUGAUAGUUAUUAUGAUGAUUUGACCAAAGCUGUGGAGGGGAAGGUCACCCCUGCUACUAGACAGAUAGAUCAUGACCUACCGAGAACUUUCCCGGGUCAUGCUUGGUUAGACACUCCCGAGGGGCAUGCUGCUCUUAGGCGUGUUCUUGUUGCGUAUUCUUUCCGUGAUUCUGAAGUUGGGUAUUGUCAGGGUUUAAACUAUGUUGCAGCACUGUUGUUGCUGGUCAUGAAAACCGAAGAAGAUGCAUUCUGGAUGCUUGCUGUCUUGUUGGAAAAUGUCCUCGUUAACGACUGUUACACAAACAACUUAUCAGGAUGCCAUGUUGAACAAAGAGUGUUUAAAGAUUUACUGACUAAAAAGUGUCCGAGGAUUGCGACUCAUUUGGAAGCUUUGGAAUUCGAUGUUUCCCUUGUUACCACUGAGUGGUUCCUUUGCUUGUUUUCAAAGAGUUUGCCUUCGGAGACCACGCUACGAGUAUGGGAUGUUAUUUUCUACGAGGGGGCUAAGGUUAUAUUUAACGUCGCCUUGGCAAUUUUUAAGAUGAAGGAAGAUCAACUAAUAAUAACUCAUCAUGUUGGAGAAGUAAUCAACGUUCUGCAUACGACGACUCAUCACCUAUUCGAUCCAGAUGAUUUACUAACCGUUGCAUUCAAUCAGAUAGGUUCGAUGACGACAAAUACGAUAUCUAAACAAAGGAAAAAACAGGAACCUGAAGUCAUGAAGGAGCUUGAUCAAAGGAUAAGAAGGCUAAAUUCCCUUAAAGUGGAUGAUAAAUAAUAACAAUAGUCUUUUGAUUUGUCUUUCUUUUUUCUUUUUGGUUUCUUUUCAGACAUUGAAAUGUCAAGUUUUUAAUCUGAAAUAUUUCGGAACCACCGUCCUAAGUACGGUUGGUUGAUCGAUCUGCUUCGAUGGCGACGCCGACGCCGACGGGCAGAACAUUGAAUCUAUGGAAUCCUUUAUAUCCUCCUCAGGGCAUGAUGAUAUGUGCCUUGGUGUUUUUCAGGAUGUUUGUAGGUGAUAUAUAAGUGUACAUUUGAAGAAUACGGAAACAUUAUAAAGUAUUUAAUUAAUCUUAUAAUGUGUAUUAUUAUCAAA